AUGUCUCAGUCUCAACACAAGGCCCAGCCGGCUACGAGCCAUACAUCUGUUGUCAAUACCAAAAACGCUUCUAUCUUGGUCGGUAUCCGCGAUGGCGUGACACGAGACUUCCGGCUAGUUCACAGAAACCAGGCUGUGGUUUCGGUCUUCGACUCAAGCUUCCUCAUUGGUGAUGGAAUAUGGGAAGGAAUUCGUGCCGUCAGAGGCCGCAUUCAAUUCGCCAAGGAACACAUUAACCGGCUAUUCCAGUCCGCGAAGGCUAUGUACAUGGACUUGGGUCUGACAAAAGGAGAGCUCUUGUCACUACUCCAUCAAACCAUUGACGCCAACGAUAUGGGCAACGAGCCCCACGUUCAUAUUCGCCUGGUAGUAAGUAGAGGGCUGAAGUCAACGCCGUACCAGAACCCACACGUCAACAUUGGCUUGCCACUCAUCGUUAUCAUCCCCGAGAUCAAGGCGGUCGACCCAACAGCGAAGUCUCGCGGCCUGCGUCUAGGCACCACCUGGGUUCGCCGCGGCCCGCCGGAUGUCAAAGAUGAGCAGUGGAACCACAUUUCCAAGGCCACCGACGUUCAAGCUUGCGUGAGCGCCAAUGUCAUGGGUGUAGAUGAGGCGCUGAUGUUGGACUUGAGAGGGUUUGUAAAGACGUGCAACUCAGUCAACUUCUUUAUUGUCCGCGGCGACGAGGUGUGGGCGCCGACGAAGGACAAUCAGAUGCAGGGCAUCACGCGUCAGAAGACCAUCGAUGUCUGCCGCGCUCACGGCAUCAAGGUCCGGGAGCUCGAUUUUGCGCUCACUGAAGUGUACGGGGCGGACGAGGCUUUCUGCACCGGGACAUUCCCGUCGCAGAUUCACGUCACUGAAGUCGACGGACGUAGAAUUGGUGACGGGAAAAGGGGAGCUCUUACGGAGGCGAUUCAGACGUUGUACGCUGCCGAGGUUGAGCGGGAUGUGUCGAGGACAAGAGAGCAGAUUCUGGCGGAACUUGAACAAACCCGAGACCUGAGUGUCUUGGAUGACUUGAAGUCAAAGCUUUGA